AUGGUCUCAGGUCGUGCUAUGCCCGACGGUUCUUGGCCUACGAGCAAGGGUACCGUCAAAUUCGACGACGUUUACACGAUUAAAUCGGGCGAAGUGUACGACGGCAAGAUGAAGACCUACGAACGCUCUAACAUCACCUGCAAAGGACAAGAGGAGAGCGGCACAUCCACGGCCGUCUUCAAGCUUGAAGCUAACGCUACCCUCAAAAACGCUAUCAUCGGUGUCGACCAAAUGGAGGGAGUGCACUGCGACGACAAUGACUGCACUAUUCAGAACGUGUGGUGGGAUGAUGUGUGCGAGGACGCUCUGAGUAUUAAGGGCGGUGACGCCUCUAGUGUGUCGCGAGUCCUUGGUGGUGGUGCGCGCUAUGCCGACGACAAGAUCGUCCAGCACAAUGGACUUGGUACGGUUAUCAUCGACGGGUUCUUUGCCCAGGAUUUCGGUAAGCUGUACCGUGCGUGUGGUUCGUGCAGCAACAACCCCGCCCAGCGUUUCCUCAACAUCAGAAACGUGUACGCGGAUCUCGAGGUCAUCAAAGCUCAGCGCGUGGACCCGAACGUCAGUAUUGUCAUGAUGAACGAGAACUUCGGCGACGAGGCUACCCUGCACAACAUCCGCGUUAAGCCUGGUGCUGAGAACUACACCGAGUGCAGUUACUCGCGCGGUGUGCAGAAGGGUGACAAGCCGCUCAUUCUUGGUAACGGUCCUAAGAAACCCGUGUGCAAGUACUCGAUGGACGAAAUUCACCUUGUUGAGGGUGGAGCCAAGCAGCAGCAGCAGACCGUGGGAACGGUUCGCCCCGCUAAUGAGGUCCAACAGGGCAAUGACGACAAAGAAAAAGACAACAAGGAUGACAAAGAGGUCUCCCAACAAAACAAGUAA